GGGAAAGAACGAUAAGGAGAAGGGAGGAGGAAUUAUAGAUAGACAGAAAGUAGGAGAACGCGGCGAGGAGGAGGAAGAAGGGGUUGAAGGAAAAAGGGGUGUAGGAGGAGGAGGGAGAACGGGGGUAGGAGGAGGAGGGAGGAGAGGAGGAAGAAGAAGCGGUAGGUGAAGAUGGUUCCUCCGCCUGUACCUGGGGUGUUUCCCCAGAUCAGGUUGCCGGGACAGCCGAGUCAGGAGGAGAUUGACGCGAAAUUGGAAGACAAGGCUCGUAAAUGGCAGCAAAUCAACGCCAAGAGAUAUGGCGAAAAGCGGAAGUUUGGCUAUGUGGAGGUGCAGAAGGAGGACAUGCCCCCUGAGCACGUGCGCAAGAUCAUCAAGGACCAUGGUGACAUGUCAUCUCGUAAGUUCCGCCGCGACAAGCGCGUCUAUCUCGGUGCACUGAAGUUUGUUCCCCAUGCUGUUUUCAAGCUGUUGGAGAACAUGCCCAUGCCUUGGGAACAGGUGCGUCACGUCAAAGUUCUUUAUCACGUGACAGGAGCGAUCACGUUCGUUGAUGAGAUUCCUCUCGUCAUCGAGCCCGUUUAUUUGGCUCAAUGGGGGACGAUGUGGAUUAUGAUGAGGAGGGAGAAGAGAGAUAGAAGGCAUUUUAAGCGGAUGCGGUUCCCGCCUUUCGACGACGAAGAACCGCCGUUAGAUUACGCUGACAACUUGCUUGAUGUGGAACCCCUGGAACCGAUUCAAUUGGAGCUUGAUGAAGAUGAAGACUCCGCCGUCUAUGAUUGGUUCUACGAUCAUAAACCUCUCGUCAAUGGUCCUUUGGUUAACGGGCCAAGCUAUCGCAAGUGGCAACUCUCUCUCCCAAUCAUGGCCACUCUUUACAGAUUGGCGGGGCAGUUGUUGAGCGAUCUAACGGAUGAGAACUACUUCUAUCUGUUCGAUCUGAAGUCGUUCUUCACGUCCAAGGCCUUGAACAUGUGUAUUCCUGGAGGUCCCAAGUUUGAGCCCUUGUUCCGUGACACGGGAGCGGGAGAAGAAGACUGGAACGAGUUUAACGACAUCAACAAACUCAUCAUUAGAUCGCCCAUCCGCACGGAGUAUAGGAUUGCCUUUCCUUAUCUGUACAAUAGCCGGCCGAGGAAGGUGGCGCUGUCGACCUAUCACACGCCCAUGGUGAUGUACAUAAAGACGGAAGAUCCCGACCUUCCUGCCUUCUACUUCGACCCCUUGAUCCAUCCGAUUGCGUUUUACAAGACGGACAAGAGGGAGAGAAAGUUCAUGGAGGAGGAGGAGGAGGAGGAGGAGGAGGAUGACGAUGAUGCCUUCGAGUUGCCAGAAGGCGUGGAGCCGCUGCUCAAGGACAGUCCGAUCUGCACCGACACCACCGCGGCCGGGAUCUCCUUGCUCUGGGCUCCCCGCCCCUUCAACAUGCGAUCGGGACGGACCCGACGAGCCGAGGAUGUCCCGCUGGUUGCUAAUUGGUUCAGAGAGCAUUGUCCGCCGAACUAUCCGGUGAAAGUUCGGGUGAGUUAUCAGAAGCUUCUCAAGUGCUACGUGCUGAACGAGCUCCAUCAUCGGCGACCCAAGUCGCAGAAGAAGAGGUAUUUGUUUCGCUCCCUGAAAUCGACCAAGUUCUUCCAGUCUACGGAGCUUGAUUGGGUGGAGGUGGGCCUGCAAGUCUGCCGCCAAGGGUACAACAUGUUGAAUCUGCUCAUCCAUCGAAAGAAUCUCAAUUACCUGCAUCUGGAUUACAACUUCAACCUGAAACCGGUGAAGACUCUGACGACCAAGGAGAGAAAGAAGUCUCGAUUUGGAAAUGCUUUCCAUCUAUGUCGAGAGAUCUUGAGGCUGACGAAACUGGUCGUUGAUUCCAACGUUCAGUUCCGACUGGGCAAUGUCGAUGCUUUCCAGCUGGCUGAUGGAUUGCAGUACAUCUUCUCGCACGUAGGGCAGCUCACCGGAAUGUACAGGUACAAGUAUAGGUUGAUGAGACAGAUUCGAAUGUGCAAGGAUCUGAAACAUCUCAUCUAUUACAGAUUUAACACGGGGCCGGUGGGUAAGGGUCCUGGAUGCGGCUUUUGGGCGCCGAUGUGGAGGGUGUGGUUGUUCUUCUUGCGUGGAAUCGUCCCGUUGCUGGAGCGCUGGCUUGGCAAUUUGCUGGCCAGGCAAUUCGAGGGGCGUGCGUCGAAGGGAAUCGCAAAGACUGUGACCAAGCAGAGGGUGGAGAGCCACUACGAUCUUGAGCUUCGCGCGGCAGUAAUGCACGAUAUUCUCGACGCCAUGCCUGAAGGCAUCAAACAAAACAAGGCACGGACUAUUCUGCAACAUUUGAGUGAGGCAUGGCGUUGUUGGAAAGCAAACAUUCCCUGGAAGGUCCCAGGUCUUCCUGCGCCGAUUGAAAACAUGAUCCUCCGUUAUGUGAAAUCAAAAGCUGAUUGGUGGACCAAUGUGGCUCACUAUAACCGUGAGCGUAUUCGUCGCGGAGCUACCGUGGACAAGACAGUCUGCCGGAAGAAUCUUGGCCGUUUGACUCGGCUAUGGUUGAAGGCAGAGCAGGAACGCCAGCACAACUACCUGAAGGAUGGGCCUUAUGUGUCGUUCGAGGAAGCAGUGGCUAUCUACACAACAACCGUGCAUUGGUUGGAGUCGAGGAAGUUCUCUCCCAUUCCAUUCCCUCCCCUAUCUUACAAGCACGACACAAAGUUGCUGAUUUUGGCGUUGGAGCGACUGAAAGAGCCGUACAGUGUGUCGGUGAGGUUGAAUCAACAGCAGAGGGAGGAGUUGGGAUUGAUCGAGCAGGCGUAUGACAAUCCACACGAGGCGCUGAGUAGAAUCAAGCGUCAUCUGCUGACUCAGCGUGCCUUCAAGGAGGUCAACAUUGAGUUCUUUGACCUGUACAGUCAUCUGAUCCCGGUGUACGAAGUGGAGCCUCUGGAGAAGAUCACGGAUGCGUAUCUCGACCAGUACCUGUGGUACGAGGGCGACAAGCGGCACUUGUUCCCCAAUUGGGUGAAGCCGGCGGAUUCGGAGCCACCUCCGCUCCUGGUCUAUAAGUGGUGCCAAGGGAUAAACAACUUGCAGGACAUUUGGGACACGUCGGAGGGUGAGUGCGUGGUGAUGCUGCAGACUCGUUUUGAGAAGAUGUUCGAGAAGGUCGAUCUGACAAUGCUGAACAGACUUCUACGUCUUGUGCUAGAUCACAAUCUUGCGGACUACAUGACUGCGAAGAACAAUGUCAUCUUGUCGUACAAGGAUAUGAGUCAUACCAACUCAUAUGGUCUGAUCCGUGGUCUGCAGUUCGCCUCGUUCAUAGUACAGUAUUAUGGACUUGUGCUGGACCUGCUGGUCCUGGGUCUGACGAGGGCCAGUGAGAUUGCAGGUCCUCCUCAGCUGCCCAAUGAGUUUUUGACCUUCCGGGAGGUGAAGACUGAGGUCCGUCAUCCAAUCCGCCUCUACUCGAGGUACAUUGACAGAGUGCAUGUUCUAUUUCGGUUUACGCAUGAUGAGGCCAGAGACCUUAUCCAGAGGUAUCUGACGGAGCACCCUGAUCCGAACAACGAGAACAUUGUUGGGUACAACAAUAAGAAGUGUUGGCCCCGUGAUGCUCGCAUGCGGCUGAUGAAACAUGACGUCAAUCUUGGGCGAGCUGUCUUCUGGGAAGUGAGGAAUCGUCUGCCUCGCAGUGUCACUAGUCUUGACUGGGACAACAGCUUUGUCUCUGUGUAUAGUCGUGAUAACCCAAAUUUGUUGUUCAGCAUGUGCGGGUUUGAGGUGCGCAUACUCCCCAAGUGCCGCAUGCAGCAGGAGGCUUUUGGGCAUAAGGAUGGUGUAUGGAAUCUCCAGAACGAGUCGACAAAGGAGCGGACUGCACAGGCCUUCCUUCGUGUUGACGACGAGCACAUGAAGGUCUUUGAGAACCGCGUUCGGCAGAUCCUGAUGUCCUCCGGGUCCACCACGUUCACCAAGAUUGCGAACAAGUGGAACACAGCGCUCAUUGGGCUGAUGACGUACUUCAGAGAGGCGACGGUUCACACCGAGGAGCUCCUGGACCUCCUGGUCAAGUGUGAAAACAAGAUCCAGACCAGGAUCAAGAUUGGUCUGAACUCCAAGAUGCCUUCUCGGUUCCCUCCUGUUGUCUUCUACACUCCCAAGGAGAUUGGUGGACUUGGUAUGUUGUCCAUGGGGCAUAUCCUUGUCCCACAGAGUGAUCGCAUGUACAGUCGGCAGACUGACGUGGGUGUCACCCAUUUCCGUUCUGGUAUGAGCCACGAGGAGGAUCAGCUUAUUCCAAAUCUGUACCGAUACAUCCAGCCCUGGGAAUCUGAGUUUGUGGACAGCCAGCGGGUGUGGGCGGAGUAUGCUUUGAAGCGCUCGGAGGCACAAGCACAGAAUCGGCGUCUAACUCUUGAAGAUCUGGAAGACUCUUGGGACCGCGGAAUUCCCAGAAUCAACACGCUGUUUCAGAAGGAUCGCCAUACGCUUGCGUACGACAAGGGAUGGCGCGUUCGGACUGACUUCAAGCAGUACCAGGUCCUGAAGCAGAAUCCUUUUUGGUGGACCCAUCAGCGCCACGACGGCAAGCUGUGGAACCUGAACAACUACCGUACUGAUGUCAUUCAGGCCCUUGGAGGUGUUGAGGGUAUCCUGGAACACACCCUGUUCAAGGGUACCUAUUUCCCCACUUGGGAGGGUCUGUUUUGGGAGAAGGCGUCAGGUUUCGAAGAGUCCAUGAAGUACAAGAAGCUUACCAACGCGCAGAGGUCUGGUCUGAACCAGAUUCCCAAUCGUCGGUUCACUCUUUGGUGGUCACCCACCAUUAACCGAGCUAAUGUGUACGUCGGAUUUCAGGUCCAGCUGGAUCUUACGGGCAUCUUCAUGCAUGGCAAGAUCCCCACCUUGAAGAUUUCACUCAUUCAGAUCUUCCGAGCCCAUCUGUGGCAAAAGAUUCACGAGAGCGUUGUCAUGGAUCUGUGCCAGGUUCUGGACCAGGAGCUUGAUGCACUGGAGAUUGAAACCGUUCAGAAGGAGACGAUCCAUCCUCGUAAGAGUUACAAGAUGAACAGUUCCUGCGCUGACAUCCUGCUGUUCGCCGCCUACAAGUGGCAAAUGUCCAAGCCCAGCCUUGUUGCGGAGACCAAGGACGUGUUCGAUCAGAAAGCCAGCAACAAGUACUGGAUUGAUGUGCAGCUCCGCUGGGGUGAUUACGACUCGCAUGACAUUGAAAGAUACACACGUGCGAAGUUCCUGGAUUACACAACUGACAACAUGUCCAUUUAUCCAUCGCCGACAGGUGUGAUGAUUGGCAUCGAUCUUGCCUACAACCUGCACUCUGCCUAUGGUAACUGGUUCCCGGGUAUGAAGCCGCUGCUGGCACAGGCUAUGGCGAAGAUCAUGAAGGCCAAUCCAGCGCUCUACGUCCUGCGGGAGCGUAUUCGCAAGGGGUUGCAGCUGUAUUCUUCAGAGCCCACAGAGCCGUACCUGUCUUCUCAGAACUAUGGAGAACUCUUCAGCAAUCAAAUCAUCUGGUUCGUGGAUGACACCAACGUGUACAGAGUCACAAUUCACAAGACCUUUGAGGGAAACCUUACGACGAAGCCCAUCAACGGGGCCAUUUUCAUUUUCAACCCCCGCACGGGCCAGCUGUUCUUGAAGAUCAUUCACACCAGCGUGUGGGCGGGGCAGAAGCGUCUAGGGCAGCUGGCAAAGUGGAAGACGGCAGAAGAAGUGGCUGCUCUGGUCAGGUCUCUGCCUGUAGAAGAACAGCCCAAGCAGAUCAUUGUUACCCGAAAGGGAAUGCUCGAUCCCCUGGAGGUGCAUCUGCUCGAUUUUCCGAAUAUUGUCAUCAAGGGCAGUGAGCUGCAGCUUCCGUUCCAAGCCUGCUUGAAGAUAGAGAAGUUUGGUGACCUCAUUUUAAAGGCGACGGAGCCGCAGAUGGUGCUUUUCAACAUUUACGAUGACUGGCUGAAGACCAUCUCGUCCUAUACUGCGUUCUCGAGGCUCAUCCUCAUCCUUCGUGCGCUGCAUGUCAACAACGAGAAGGCGAAGAUGCUGCUGCGGCCUGACAAAACAAUCAUCACGGAGGCGCACCACAUCUGGCCGAGCCUGACUGAUGAGCAAUGGAUCAAGGUUGAAGUGGCACUGAAAGAUCUCAUCUUGGCGGACUAUGCAAAGAAGAACAAUGUGAACGUGAGCGCCCUCACACAGUCCGAGAUCAGGGAUAUCAUUCUGGGUGCGGAAAUCGCGCCACCAUCGCAACAGCGUCAGCAGAUCGCUGAGAUCGAGAAGCAGGCAAAGGAGGCGUCUCAGCUGACGGCAGUGACUACGAGGACCACCAAUGUGCAUGGCGAUGAGCUCAUCGUAACUACGACAAGUCCGUACGAGCAGGCUGCGUAUGCGUCAAAGACAGACUGGAGGGUGCGUGCCAUCUCUGCCACGAACUUGUACCUCAGGGUCAACCACAUUUACGUUAACUCGGACGACCUCCGGGAGACUGGGUACACGUACAUCAUGCCCAAGAACGUGUUGAAGAAGUUCAUCUGCAUUGCGGAUCUGAGAACGCAGAUCGCAGGGUACUUGUAUGGAGUGAGUCCCCCGGAUAAUCCUCAGGUAAAGGAGAUUCGCUGUGUGGUUAUGCCUCCUCAGUGGGGGACACACCAGCAGGUUCAUUUGCCCACUGCUUUGCCCGAGCACGACUUCCUGAGGGACAUGGAGCCUCUUGGGUGGCUGCAUACUCAGCCAAACGAACUGCCGCAAUUAUCGCCUCAGGAUGUGACCAUGCAUGCACGCGUUCUGGAGUCCACGAAGUCGUGGGACGGGGAGAAGUGUAUCAUCAUCACGUGUAGUUUCACGCCUGGGUCUUGCUCUCUGGCUGCCUACAAGCUUACGCCAAGCGGCUACGACUGGGGUAGGCAAAACAAGGACGGCGGCGGCAAUCCUCACGGCUACCUGCCCACCCACUACGAGAAGGUGCAGAUGUUGCUAAGUGAUCGUUUCCUGGGAUUCUAUAUGGUACCUGAGACUGGCUCCUGGAACUACAACUUCAUGGGCGUCCGGCAUUCUGCAUCCAUGAAGUACAGUUUGAAGCUCUCACCCCCGAAGGAGUUCUACCAUGAACUGCACAGGCCGACACACUUUUUGGAGUUCAGUACGAUUGAGGAGGCAGAUCAUGGGGUGGUCGAGGGCGACAGGGAGGAUCUGUUCUCGUAAGAGGGGUUGCAGAGGGGGGUGAAGUCUGUUCGGCAGCUCCCCGGAGGGAACCUGUUGCUUGCUCCCUGUGUGACAGUGUGUGUGCCACUCAUCAGUUGUUGAGUUGUGAAUUGGAUGAGGAGGUGUUUACGUGAGAGAGAAAAGAGAAAUACGGAGCGAUGAGCGGUGGCAAGGACUGUAACCUUGGUCUGCAGUUGAAUCAGCAGAGUGAGGUAGCCUCAUGAAGCUUCACCACAUCUGUGUCUUUCAUUCCUUCCAGACUUGUAUUCUUCUGCUUCUAUUUGUUGCCGGUGUUCAUGUUGAGGUGGCUUGGUUUGGCGUGCAACCUGUUCGUCCUGUUUGCUCACCACCUACUCCCAGUGGGGGUUGCCUGCCAGCAUCAAUAGACUCUCCCGAUUCACAGGUGUGUGCACUCGUCUCGCUGCUAUCUAUGCCUCUGGUUCUCUGCAUGAACAAGGAAAAGAGCCAUGGGCAGCGUGCGCUGCUUUUUAUCGGCUGUUGUGUAACUAUGUCACUUGCCAUCUACCUUUUCAACACGGGUGCAUGCAUGCAUGAAGUGUGUGAUGCUGUCUGUGCCUUUUGCACACAGACAUGCAGUGCACGCGCGUGAAGUAUGGAAGGGAGGGGAGUUUUUGCAUGGGAAGGAAGAGAAGAGAGCCUACCAUAGUCAAGGGAGUGGGGAUUUCAGCAGCAGUUCACGAGAACGUCGGUUCUUGGUGCGGGUGAACUGAGAUCAGGGGAGGUUGGGGGAUGAGCACAAAGUGAAACAGCAUCGGGCGGAGUGGGAAGCUCACAGGCACGGAAAGGCGGAGGAAGUAUUGUGAGGGAAAGGAUGUGGCAUCGCGAGGGUUAGAGGCGAAGGCGAAAUGUAUUCGAAGACAUCAUAUGGUUGUGCGGAGGGAGGUAUAGAUAAAGGUUGCAUGAGUGAAGAUGGAUUUUACUAGAACAGGUUUGUGGCCUACUACGUUGUCUUGGUGUGUAGCAUUCACGCGCCAGACGUUUUCGCUGACAGGUUUUGACUCGUAAUGAAUGGAGAGUCUAGUGUGUGUAGGAGAAAAGGAAGUCACCAAGUUUUUUUUGAACCCUAGUGCUUGCGGGAAAAGAACAGAUGGUGUGUUUACGACGACAGGGUAGUGAGGUAUACUGCGCAGCUUGGGAGCGUGCCGUGAAUAGAGAGAGAAUCAUGCCAUGGGCAUAGUUUACAUGAGAGUUGCACUGAAGAGCUGUGAUAGUGAACGUUGACUUGUUUAGAAAGAGGGGGAGGUCUGUUCUUUAGGUUCAUGCAGAAAGGCGUUUCGUGGAAUUUUGUCAGGAAGGAGAUAAUUUGCUUGUUGAGUAGGGGGCUACUGUGGCUGUAGGCCAGGAGGAAGGGUAUUUUCUUUCUUGGAUUCAGGACAGCGAGCCUGUGGAGACGAGCAGCACAGCGGAAGGCGGCAAGCUUUCUUCUUGGCUGCAGUGUACAUGUAUUGUGAAAUUCUGUUGUUGUUGUUGUUGUGUUAUUAAAGAACCUGAUUGCUGUCAAUAAGGUGGGAUGGAACAUGCGUGAUGGAUGAAGAGACACGUCCAGAGCAAGGGGUUGAGGAAGAGAGUGCAUGUUUGUGCUGGGGGGAGAGAAUGGGGGCCAGAAAGAUGCAAAGCAAGGGGUUUUGAGAAAAAGAGCACACCCAUGCUCUGAGAGAGAGAGAGAGAGAGAGAGAGAGAGAGAGAGAGAAGUUGCAAAGUGUAUUUGGGACGUGUCCCUUCAGUUUGUGAAGAGAAAACAUCCUGACUUGUUCUAUUCUUUAGUUUCCACAACCCUUACUC